AUGUCGUACAUCACUCCAUCUAAGACUAACUUCACUGUUGGACUGCAGUACCGAGGAAUACUGGAAGUUCUGUUAUUUUCUGCUCCAAUUACAACAUCUUGCUGUGUGUUGCUCUUCAUCAAUGGGACCAUGCUACACAUCUUGAGGAGUAAAGCAGUGUUUCGUGAGACAGCCUGUUAUGUUCUUCUUUAUAAUUUACUUUUUGCAGACACCAUACAGAUGGUCCUGAGUCAGUUGUUGUACUUACUAUCUGCUUGUAGAAUCAGACUGACAUAUCCUGUUUGUGGCUUUCUUGUCAUGCUUGCCAAUCUCACAACUGGGAUCUCUCCUCUCACACUGGUGGUGAUGUCUCUGGAGAGAUAUGUAGCUGUGUGCUACCCACUAAGGCAUGCUAGCAUCAUCACCAUCAGGAACACAGCACUAGCGAUCAUCAUAGUCUGGGCCAUCAGUUCACUAAAUGUUUUUAUUCGACUGAUUUUGUUGUUAAAUUUUCAGUUUGAAGACUUAGAGAGUCUCCAAAUGAAAGACUUUUGCUCUAACACUCCUUUGUUACUUGGCCCCAUGUCUGAUCAUUAUGACAAAGCUUACACUUGGGUUCUUUUUGUAUCUGCUGGUGUUGCAGUUUCUUGCUCCUAUAUUGGUGUUAUGAUAGCAGCCAGGUCGGCCUCCACAGAUAAAGCUUCAGCCUGCAAGGGUCGUAAUACACUGCUGCUGCACCUGAUACAGUUAGGCCUCAGUCUGUCCUCGACUAUUUAUGACCCUUUGGUUACAGAGAUCUCAAAAGUCCUUGACAGAGUAACAAUUUUACGCAUCUGGAGUAUACUUUAUGUGUCUAUGAUCCUUUUCCCCAGAUGUUUGAGCCCACUUAUCUAUGGCAUUAGAGACCAAAUGAUCAGAGGCAUCCUCAUGUACCAUCUGUGCUGUCGAGCAAAACUGCCCAACAGACAACAACGUCCCCAUGCGGAGCACCCUCCAGCACCACCACUAAGGGACACCAAGAAGUCUGUGUACUCUGAACCACCACCACCAAGGACAGACGACAGUCAGGACCUGUUCCCCUACCCGAAGUCACAAGGAAAAGACCGUCUCAUCCACUGGGAGAAACCCCAAAAUACCGGCAGCAAGGCUAGGGGGUACAAGGAUACCCAUCCCAGCCCGCUGCCUCUCACCAGGGACAACUCCAGACUGAGACAGUCCAACUCUUCUCCAGGAGACUGGUUCCACAGCCCAAGCCAUGCAUUGAGUCUUGAUAACCAGGGAUCGGUCACAAAACGGCACCUCCUGCAAGUGGUGGACCUGCUGGAGGAUGGGAUGAUGUCCCUUUUUCGGGCCCCAUGGACUAAGCCCCAGCCACCAGACGCUCACCCUCAGUCACCCUCCCCAGGCCUGUCUCCAGGGCAGAGCCCUGGUAACCCUAUCCCCGGUAGGAGAUCUCUGAAGCGGCGGGCCCUACAACUGUCUCUGCUGCUGGCUCAGGAGAGCUGCUCCAGCUGUCUAUGGUUUCCAUGCUGCCGUGUGUCUCCGCUGGAGGUUGUGGAGAGCCAGUCCAGCACUCCGCGGCUCCCAUACUACCAGCUGUUGCCACUGGAGGCUCAUGAGAGGCCACUCCAGCACUCCCUCAUCUCCGCUGGGAGCUCUGGAGAGUCUGCCGAGACCAUCGUCUGUCUCCGCUGGGGCUCUGGAGAGUCCAUCUGGCCGAUCAACCAGCUGCUCAACUGCCUACAGCUGCCACGCCAUCAUCAGCACAACCAUCAGCUCAACUGCCCGCGGCAGGGAAAAUUUGCCGUCAGCACAACUGCCAGAUUAAGUCCCUGGGGCUGCCAUUCCACCAUCUGGUCCUGCCUCAUCUGGUGCUGUGCCCCGGCCACCUGCAAAGCCUCCCAAAAGCCUUGA